GCGCGUCUCACGUUGCAUGCACUUAAACCAACCAAACAAAAACUCUCUGCACUGCGAAGAAGCCGAACCGCAACACGACGAGCACACAUACGGAAAAAGGUAAAGGUCCAGCUCGUUGCGCCUGCUGACCUGGUCCGGGCUGCAUCCAUGUCUCCCCACAAUAAGCGUGGCAAAGCCAAGGCGGCGGCGAGCAAACAGAAUCGUGCGGAUCGCCGUCAGCAUAGCGGCACCACUCAGAACCACCACUUUAGAAAAGGAGGAAGCAGCUCGUACCUCUCCACGGCUACCGACUCAAAGCAGAAUCGCGUGCAGCACACCUUCAGCGACAUUGACCCUUUGGAUAAGCAAAUUUUUGAUUACAUCAUCGUUGUCGAUGUCGAGGCAACCUGUGAGGAACACGACGAUAACUACCCGCAUGAAGUUAUCGAAAUUCCAGGCGUGUUGAUCAACGUCCGCACCGGGCAGGUAGAUCGGGCAAACUCCUUUCACACAUAUGUAAAGCCAUGGCGCAACCCGACUCUAACGCGCUUUUGCACGCAGCUGACGGGCAUUACGCAGAAAACCGUUGACGCAGCCCCGACGAUUACGGAGGCGAUCGCGUUGUUUGAAAAGUGGUACACGAAGACGAUUCCGCGCGGCGCCAAAACCAUCUUCGCCGCCGACGGCCCGUGGGAUUUCAAGAGCUUCUUCUACGAACACCACGUCCUGCGCGACCACGUAGCCUUCCCCAGUAUCUUCUACGAGUACCUCGACAUUCGCACCACCUUUGCCCACCGCCUCAACCACGGCGUGCCGAUCAAACUGGAUGCGAUGCUGCGCAGGAUGAAUCUGAAGUUCGACGGACGUCCGCACAACGGCUUCGACGACGCCUACAACAUCGCCCGGCUCGCCGUGGCGAUGAUGCGGGCCGGCUGCGUCUUUGACUUUGUGCUGGCCAUCCCGAUGGACGACCCCUAUCACUACCGCCUAGAGGGAUACCCGCUCUAUCGCCGGGAGGAGGGCAGCGGACACGUGGACAGGGACGUGGUGGAGGACAUCGCGAAGCAGUGCUUCGGGAGGGACUACUUCAAGUUUGGCCAGACGCAUCGGGAGGCGGUGCGGGCGUACCGGCUGGAGCACUCGAAGGAGUUCAGCAACGCGAACGCGAUGACGCUGAAGCGGCGCCAUGACCGCGCCUUAACGCGUCGUCGGCAGCGGAUGUGGCGACUGCUGAUGUUAGGGCUCAUCGCGGUUCUUUUGGUUGCCGCUGCGUACGUGCUGGAGGUGCAUCAUCGGGCUGCUGCGUGGCUGCGUGCAGCGGUGAUGACUGGCUCACGGAAAGGUGCGACGGCGGAGCACACGCGCUCCGACUCGACUACAGCAAAUGUCGCACCCUAG